CACCAUGAAGAUCGCCGUCUUAUCCUGCCUGGUGGCCGCCGUCUACUGCGCCCCUCAGUUCCAAAGACCCAACCUUCCGAAUCGGGACUUCAUCGCUAUCCUCAGCGACGAGCGACAGGAUCAAGGCGACGGGUCCUUCACUUACGUCUUCGAGUCGGAAAACGGGAUCAGGGAAAGUCGCGUAGGGAGCGUAGGAUCUAAAGGGCAAAGCAACAUGCAAGGGACAUAUCUGUUCCCUCUCCCCGACGGCACCUUCGCCGAGGUUCGCUACGUCGCCGACGAGUUCGGAUUCCGCGCCGAGUCCCCCCUCAUCCCCACCCCCCACCCCCUCCCCGCCCACGCCGUCGAGCAGAUUCGCGUCGCCGAGGAGCAGCGACGUCGCGGAAUCCAGUUCUAAUUCUCCCCCUCGAAUACCUUUGCUUUCCUCGAUGAAGUGACUGUGGUGAUGAAUACGGCAUAAAUAUGUAUGUAAUUAUCUUUCACGGAUGAAAUAAAGAGAUUGCAACUUACA